GAGGCUGACCGCUGGAGAGGCGGGUACCCGGGUGAGCUAGAGAUUCUGAAGAGGGCUUAGGGCACUUAACCCUGGGACAGUUAGAGAAGAGGGACUGCUCCUGAGAUUCUUGGACCUGCUAUUCCUCAUGUCACAUCGUGAGGGACACUCUGGGGUUCCUGGACCCAACCCUUCCCCUAAGGGAUCUGCACAGCAUCCUGGAACCCCAACCUCGGCGACCCUAUAGUCCCCGCAACCCAUUUGUGGAUCCCAAGACUUCGUCAUCCUGGUCUGCAUGACUUUCUGAGAGUCAGAGUUUCGGUCCUCAGCUCCUUCGUUUGGAGGAAAGUGGACUCCAGCUUCGCAGGACCAGUGCGGAUGGUCUGCGAUCCCGCAUCCAUGACCAAGCACUCAGAGUGAUCUGCCUGUCUUGGGGUCCAGCCCAGGGUCGGAAGGUCCGGACCUCGCAGUGCAAGAAACCAGAGUCCUGAAGGGAAGCAUGCCACUCUUCUUCCGGAAGCGGAAACCCAGCGAGGAGGCACGGAAACGCCUGGAGUACCAAAUGUGUCUGGCAAAAGAAGCUGGGGCAGAUGACAUUCUUGACAUCUCUAAAUGUGAACUCUCAGAGAUCCCGUUUGGGGCUUUUGCGACAUGCAAAGUUCUGCAGAAGAAGGUGUUGAUUGUGCACACAAAUCACCUCGCUUCCCUGCUUCCCAAAUCCUGCAGUAUCCUGAGCCUCACCACCAUCAAGGUUCUGGAUCUCCAUGACAAUCAGCUGACCGCCCUUCCUGAUGACAUAGGGCAACUUACAGCCCUGCAGGUAUUGAAUGUGGAAAAGAAUCAACUGACCCAUCUCCCACGCUCCAUUGGGAACCUAGCCCAACUGCAGACCCUCAGUGUGAAAGACAACAAGUUGAAGGAGCUGCCAGACAUGUUGGGGGAGCUGCGAAGCCUGCGCACCCUGGACAUCAGUGAGAACGAGAUCCAGAGACUGCCACAGAUGCUGGCACAUGUUCGGACCCUGGAGACCCUGAGCCUCGACGCCUCAUCCAUGGUCUACCCGCCGCGGGAGGUGUGUAGCGCCGGCACUGCAGCUGUGCAGCAGUUCCUCUGCAAAGAGUCAGGACUGGAAUACUACCCGCCUUCUCAGUACCUGCUGCCAGUUCUCGAGCAGGAUGGAGCCGAGAACGUGCAGGACAGCCUCGACGGGCCCACAGACAGAUUCUCUAGGGAGGAGGCUGAGUGGCAGAACAGAUUCUCCGACUACGAGAAGCGCAAGGAGCAGAAGAUGCUAGAGAAGCUGGAGUUCGAACGGCGCCUGGACCUCGGGCAGCGAGAGCAUGCGGAGCUGCUGAGACAGAGCCACAGCCACAAGGACGAGAUCCUGCAGACCGUGAAGCAGGAGCAGUCUCGGCUGGAGCAGGGGCUGAGCGAGCACCAGCGCUGCCUCGACGCUGAGAGGCAACGGCUGCGGGAGCAGCUGAGGCAGACGGAGCGCAGCAUCACCAGCCGCAUCCAGAAACUCCUGCAGGACAACCAGAGGCAAAAGAAAAGUUCUGAGAUUUUGAAGUCACUGGAGAAUGAGAGAAUAAGAAUGGAACAGCUGAUGUCCAUAACCCAGGAGGAGACAGAAAACUUACGGCAACGUGAGAUCGCCUCCGCCAUGCAGCAGAUGCUGACCGAGAGCUGUAAGAGCCGGCUCAUCCAGGUGGCCUACGAGUCUCAGAGGCAGAGCUUGGUCCAACAGGCCUGUUCCAGCAUGGCUGAAAUGGACAAGCGCUUCCAGCAGAUUCUGUCAUGGCAGCAGAUGGAUCAGAACAAAGCUAUCAGCCAGAUCCUGCAAGAGAGCGCGAUGCAGAAGGCCGCAUUCGAGGCUCUCCAGGUGAAGAAAGACCUGAUGCAUCGGCAGAUCAGGAACCAGAUUAGGUUAAUAGAAACUGAGUUACUGCAGCUGACACAGCUGGAGUUAAAGAGGAAGUCCUUGGACACAGAGGCGCUGCAGGAGAUGGUCUCCGAGCAGCGCUGGGCGCUCACCACCCUGCUCCAGCAGCUGCUCAAAGAAAAGAAGCAACGGGAGGAAGAGCUCCGGGACAUCCUGACGGAGUUAGAAGCCAAAAGCGAAACCAAGCAGGAAAACUACUGGCUCAUCCAGUACCAGCGGCUUUUGAACCAGAAGCCUCUGUCCUUGAGGCUGCAGGAAGAAGGCAUGGAGCACCGGCUGGUAGGCCUCCUGGUGGAGCUGUCAGCCGAGCACUACCUGCCCAUCUUCGCCCACCACCGCAUCUCGCUGGACAUGCUGAGCCGCAUGAGCCCUGAGGACCUGGCCAAGGUGGGCGUCUCUGAAGCCGGCCUUCAGCAUGAGAUCCUACGGAGAGCUCGUGACCUGCUGGAUGUAGCCAGGGUCCAACCAGAGCUGAAACCACCCAAGGAGGAGGCUCUCGGGGCCCCGGUACUGCCCACGGCUCCCCAGGAGCCUCCCGAGGCAGUGAGGCCGUCGGCUCCCCCGGCAGAACUGGAGACACCAGCCUCGGAGUGUGUUGUGUGCCUGGAACGGGAGGCCCAGAUGGUCUUCCUCACCUGCGGCCACGUCUGCUGCUGCCAGCAAUGCUGCCAGCCACUGCGCACAUGCCCACUCUGCCGCCAGGAGAUCGCCCAGCGCCUUCGGAUCUACCACAGCAGCUGAAUGCAACUGCCUUCGGCACCACCUCCACCGCAAGCCCGAGGUUCCCACUCACCCCUGCUACACCGAGGCUAGGAUGAGGCCAUCCUGGGCCUUUUCCCACUACCUGCCACCCUCUGCCUUGAGCUUCAAGCAGGCAGGCAGGGCAUGCCCAGUCUGUGGCAUAGCUGGUUUGAGUUCUGGAUGGGAGAGGGAGCAACUCCUCCAGCGCUGAGUAAGGCCUUUGUGGUGUAGGCACAGGAGACCUCGCCAUCACUGGGGCCAAGGAAUCUGACCUAGCCAAGCCAUGGCUCCACCCCCAGCUGUUGGCUCCUCCUGGACGUGGCCUCAUCCAUGGAGUGCGCCCAGCCGUCCUGGCAUGAGAUGAGGGACCUCCCCGCCAGGGCGUGGGCUAUGCCAGACUGUGCCCCCAGCCCCACUCUGCUGCUCUCUGCCUACCCGUCCUCCACAUCAGCACCCUCAGCCCACGUAGGCAGCACCACCCAAAGCAGGAGCAUUAAUCAAUAAACCGAUCUGGGAGCUCC